UGCCCCAUCAAAUCAGCUGCUGCUACCCUAAGGAUAAGUUUUGCAGCGACGUAUUGAUACAAUUCUGCUAUUGACGGUGCUAACGAAAAGCUUGUUUAUUUCCUCCUAGGUGAUCAUUUGCGUAUGGACGUGCGAAAAAGGGACUGCCCAAAAUAUGACUCACUUUUGUACGCAUGGCUUUAAGCGACAAGCAGCUAUUUUUAGAUCUUUGCCCCUGCCCGACUGCUAGCCACCGUCGGCUACUCUCUUCGACGCCCGUAGCGCCAGGCCGGGUCGCAUCCUCGAUUCGAAUUUCUUGCGGCCAUAGAAAAUAGUUCGAACCAGCGGUGGCGACUCUCAGCUGUUUAUCUUCCUUCUGCCUGGGAAGAUCCAGGUCUAUAAACCUAUGUGAUAAAAGUGUGCGAGAAUCGGUUAUGGGCUCUUCGCUAAAUACUCGUGAUCUGAAGGGAUUUUUUGGCGUAAUGUUCUCCCGAAGCUUUUGAAGCGCUGAUGGUGGUGAAUAUGUGCCUUCGUGCUAGUUUGGCUCACAGUGUAGUGUUUCCAACAGAAAUGAAAUAUAACUCUGCCUGAACUACAUGUUCUCGAAGGAGAAGGCUGCCGUGUCCGAGUAAAUUAACGCCAAAACAACGCUUCAUAAAGAUCAGACACCGUGCGCACUUUGACUACUAGUUAUUGUAAACCCUAGCGGUACUACCAAUAAAGCAGAGAUGUCGGGUGCAAAAUGGCGCGUUGGUCGACUGUCCGUCGGAGAUCGCCCCCGCGCCGAAAAACCUGAGGAAGAAGACUGGGCCAAAUUGUAUGGUCAACCAAAAGAUCCUCGAUCCAUUGAGAGUAUCGAGCAAGAAUGGAGUCAUUGGCGAAUUAAAGAAAAUGAAAGAAUUGAGAUGCUUGCAAAACAAAGGCAGGAACAAGCGGAAAUUGAGUCCGAGUCCAGUCGCGAAGCCACUAGCGACAAGGAGAAUGAAUGCGUUGCUACAGACGACGUUCGGAUGAAACUGCGCCGACGGAGGAAGUCAAAAUCUAGGUCGCCAUCGAAAACAACACGAUCGACAUCGUCGGAGCGAAAUGUCGUUACCGAAAGCCAAAAACGUUGCUCGCAGCCUCCACUAUCCGACGACUGUAUGGCCACUCGACAAAGGGUUCUUCCAUUGAUAAUCUUCAUUGCAAUACUUGUCUUGCUAGCGUACACUGGCGCUUCCCGUUAUGAUGCCUACCGGAGUUACAUUGCGAAGGUAAACCGGCCAAAUCUGAUGCCCAUUUUCGAUCGUAAGUUGGCUGACCUUAAAGCCCAGUUUCCCACACAGCCCUCCCAUAACUGGGGAGUGAUUCGUUCAGCUUUUGCAGAAGUUUUGAACAAUUCCCACUACGAGUAUGGUCCCGCGGUAUUGAUCAUUCUCGCAUCUAAAAAAGAUCAACAUGUCGCUUCGUGUUUUGCGGAAAAGCUGGCCACUUCACUAGCAAAAACAUUCAACCCGACAGAACGUCCGAUACAAUUGAACGGCGCUAAAUUGAGUCGCUCACACAAUUCGGUGGCAGCCAAACAUACCAUAGAUGAAGCAGUUCGUGAACGAGACAACUUUGUUAUGCAGUUCGACUCUCUUGAACAGAUCGACUCCUAUACCGCUUCGAUUUUUCAUUCGCUUUGUGACUAUUACAAUUCACCGUUCCGUGAACGAGCUGUGUUUAUUUUUACGGUGCAUACAUCCGAAGAGGUCGAGGGCCGGCACCGUAGAGAAUACGACGAGAUGGCGGACUCUGUCCUCAACGAGGUCUGGGACGAACUGGACGUCAACAAACGUGCAGCGCUCAUCGCUCGACUUACUGGAAGCACAAUUCUUCUGCGAAAAGAAUCGCGGAGGGUCUGUUAGUCAAUCGGGGACAGUGAAAGAAGCUAGGGCAUCGGAUAGAUAAAUAGAAUCAUCGUUGCUUACAUGGAGGCACCUCGUGGUGAUUUGUAAUGAAGGCAAAUGCGCUGCUGAUUGACUACAGUGAUAAUACUAGUUUAGUUGGAACGGCACCUUAAUAAAGUACAAACAAGUUGCAGAGGCAACGAGAAGUAGAUUCUGUAACACCUUCUGUGAGAGAAUAGAUCCCAAGAAACCCAAUCAGGCGACCGGUUUCUGAGGUCCAAACAACAAUAAUCCGGACAAGCGAAAAAGUGGAAACCUAGACUAGAAUGAUACUUGGUAGUGGAUGACUGCAUUUACAUUGUUUCUUUGUUCUUGUGUGCUUAUUUGUUCAGAUCACAUAUGUUCACAUCUUACGCCAACUGAAAUUGAGGAGACCAAAAAAGAUGUUUGGUUUUUCGACGGCGGAUCUUUAUAAAUCGAUGGCGACCAUAAACGCAUGCCAUAGACUAUUAUUACUAUGAAUGAGUCAUAAGCACUAAGUGGUUUAUUCCAUAAUAGUAUUUGUCGUUCACAUGCGCUGUUCCUCAUGCCAUUUCUAUUCUGAUCCUUGUUCCUCUCUAUUUAAUAUUUCACAGGUUGUACUAUUUGAUAUCGUACCUAUAUGGUAUAUGGACAGAUUCUUUUUGCCAAAAAAUAAUAAGUAAGUAACUAUUAUUUAUAAACAAAGUAGCGAACAAUACGAGCAAACAUCGUUUAUUGAUGCGGCCCCAGUUUUCACCAUUGAAAAUUUAGAGCUUGUCUCUCUUGUAAUUUAGUCUUGAAACCUAUUAUUUUUUAGAGAAUAAUAGUUUUUAAUCAAAUGACAUUUGGAAAUAUCAUAGUCGGUUCGAAAUGAAUACACCCGAAGCAACUUGUCGACAUUUUGGGCAUCCCUGUGUUCUCAACGUGGCGAAACAAAAAAACACCCGAUAAACUUCCUAUCGAAAUACGAAUAUUAAAAACGAAAAAAAAGCAUUCAAACAUUUUGUCAAGGAGAGAUUUAACACUCAUUGUGACACAUGUAGUUCAGCUAUUGUACUAUAGGAAUGACCGAAGAAGCUCAUCCAAGUGGAAACCGAUGGUACGAUAAAGUGAACAGACUUACUCUGUAGAUCGAUAAUGCAUAUAAAUUUUUAACGUAUGUAUUAUUGUAUGGGAUGCAUACAGCAAGACGUUUUAAACUGCGCACUUUUUUUUAAAAUACACAUUGCCGUUAUAUGAAAUAAGAACUUCGUUUCAGUUCGCAUUGACAAUAUGUUGAAGGAUAAUGAAGGAAAAUAAAACAUAAAAUAAGCUUGAUGUAUGACAGAAAAGUGA